AUGGGCACAGCCAAAAGAAAGUUGUUUUGGUUUUUGGCCUCUCUUUUAAAUUUAUACUCAGAACAGUUCAAAGUGAUCAACAGUAGUCUCUGGUGCUGGCCCCGCCCUGAGGAGCGGUGGCGGAGCUCACUGCUUCACGAAGCGAAAGAUGGCGACUGUGUGGAGGCUGCUGCAGAGCCUCUGGAGCUGAUAUCGGAGACAAGAGGGCAGACACUGAGAAUAUUCUACGAAUACAUUCAAGAUAAGAUCAUAAUGUCCCGUUCUCCUGACAAUGAGGAUGGAUGCUUUGUUGCCAUGGAUACUGAGGACUGUGGUUAUUUGCCUGCUGGGAUAACAGAGGUGGAGACAGACACAGGGUCAUACAGAAAAGUGGAGAACAUGGACACUUUUUCUAAAGAAGGCCGGAGGACAAUGUUAGAGUUGCCAGAGGAAGUUCUGGAGUAUAUUUUGUCCUUCUUAUCACCUUAUCAAGAGCAAAAGACUGCUGCGCUUGUGUGCAAACAGUGGUACCGCCUCAUUAAAGGUGUAGCUUAUCAGUGCUACCAUGGUUUUCUGAGGGCAGUUCAGGAAGGAAAUAUCCAAUGGGAAAGCAGAACAUACCCUUACCCAGGAACUCCAAUCACUCAACGCUUUUCACACAGUGCUUGCUACUAUGAUUCAAAUCAGUCGAUGUAUGUAUUUGGAGGCUGCACUCAGAGUAGCUGUAAUGCUGCCUUUAACGACUUGUGGAGACUUGACCUGAACAGCAAAGAGUGGAUCCGUCCUUUAGCUUCAGGGUCAUAUCCUUCUCCUAAAGCCGGAGCCACUUUAGUAAUGCACAAAGAUCUGCUGGUCCUGUUUGGUGGAUGGACACGACCCAGUCCAUACCCACUCCAUCAGCCAGAGCGCUUUUUUGAUGAAAUCCACACCUAUUCCCCUUCUAAGAACUGGUGGAACUGUAUAGUAACAACGCAUGGACCACCACCUAUGGCCGGCCACUCUUCAUCUGUAAUUGGAAACACAAUGGUGGUGUUUGGAGGAUCUUUAGGAGCUAGGCAAAUGAGUAAUGAAGUUUGGGUUUUGGAUCUAGAGCAGUGGUCUUGGUCUAAGCCAUCCAUUUCUGGAUCAUUGCCACACCCGCGAGGAGGCCAGUCCCAAAUUGUGAUCGAUGAUCAGACAUUGCUCAUUUUGGGAGGCUGUGGUGGUCCAAACGCACUUCUGAAAGACGCCUGGCUCCUUCACAUGGGUACACCACCAUGGAGGUGGCAACAGCUUCAGGUGGAGAAUGAAGACCAUGGCGCCCCUGAGCUUUGGUGUCAUCCAGCUUGUAAAGUGGGCCAGUGUGUGGUGGUUUUCUCACAGGCUCCAUCAGGUCGUGCACCUCUCAGUCCAAGUCUUAACUCUCGGCCGUCCCCCAUAAGUGCCACACCUGCCCCGCUGGGUCCUGAGCCUCCCUCACUGCGCUCUCAGUCUCCUGUCCGUAGUGGGGCAGCUGGGGUGGUCCUCGGUGCUGUAGAAGAAGCUCCCUGCGUGAAUGGGCGGUGGGGCACACUGCGACCUCGGCCUUCAGCCAGAGGAAGUGCCAAAGAUGGAAGUCCGUCCUCAUCUCAACAGGCAUCGCCUUUACAGCCUCCAGACAGUCCUCCACUCCCCCCUCUCUUGAAUGGAGCCUCUCCACCUCCUCGCAGCAGCCCAGCCCAGGCUUCAUCCCCUCCCCUUCGACUUCACCCACCUGCCCCCACAGACUAUGAAUGGGAGUCUCCCCUUUCAGCAGCUCAUCACCCUGAGGUGGCCACAAGCAAUGGUCUGCACACCCCUCCCUCAGGCUCCCCCCGCACACCUCCAGGUGCUGUGUCCCCAGCUGCACUCCGACGAGGGUUGGAGGCAGUCAAAAACAAGUCUUCGGUGUUAUCUUCGUCUUCUGCGGCUCCUUCAUCCUCUCCGUCUUCACUCCAGAAUCAUGGGGCGAUUCCAGGAAGCAGUGGAGGAGCUGGUCCACCAGGAACUCCUCCUUCAUCCCAUAGCCCUCCACAGGCAGCUGCAGCCGAUGGACACGCUAUUCCACCUAUUGCACGGCGGCUCGGGCACCACCCGCCUCAGAGCCUAAAUGUAGGCAAACCUCUUUAUCAGUCACUUAACUGCAAGCCCAUGCAGAUGUAUGUGUUAGAUGUUUCCAGGGCCAAAUCUGCUGGAGUGGUUUCCUGGAGAGUUUAUGGAAAUGGGACUCCUGCUGCUGUGACAGGACCUCCAGAGACCAGUUUGCACACUGUGGUACAGGGCAGAGGAGAGCUCAUUAUCUUUGGGGGUCUAAUGGACAAAAAGCAGAAUGUUAAGUACUACCCAAAAACUAAUGCCUUGUACUUUGUGCGUGCUAAAAGGUAA